UUAACAAAACGUAAAAGUAAUAUUUAUUUAUUUAUGAGAUGGAGUCUCUCACUGUCGCCCAGGCUGGAGAGCAGCGGCGCUAUCUCGCCUCACUGCAACCUUCGACUCCAAGGUUCAAGCGAUUGUCCUGCCUCAGCCUCCCGAGUAGCUGGGACUACAGGCACGCGCCACGAGGCCCGGUUAAUUUUGUUUGUAUUUUUAGUAGACAUGGGGGGGUGGGGUUCACUAUGUUGGCCAGGCUGGUCUCGAACUCCUGACCUCAGGCGAUCCGCCCGCCUCAGCCUCUCAAAAUGCUGGGAUUACAGACGUGAGCCACCUCGCCCGGCCGAAAGUAAUCUUUUCUUUUUUCUUUUGAGAGGGAGUCUCGCUCUGUCGCCCAGGCUGGAGUGCAGUGGCGCCAUCUCGGCUCACUGCAACCUCCGCCUCCCGGGUUCAGGUGAUCCUCCUUCCUCAGCCUCCGGAGUAGCUGGGAUUACAGGCGCCCGCCACCACGCCGGGACAAUUUUUGUAUUUUUAGUAGAGACGAGGUUUUACCACGUUGGCCAUACCAGGCUGGUCUCAAGCUCCAGACCUCGUGAUGCGCCGGCUUCGGCCUCCCAAAGUGUUGGGAUUACAGGCGUGAGCCACCGUGCCCGGCCCAAAAGUAAUCUCUAAAGAGCCCUCCAGCCGUAACUUCCUUCCUGAAAAUUAUCUGGGAAAGUAACGCUAGGAAAACGCUGGACGAAACUCUGGAAUCGGGGGUCCUCGGGGCCGCAGGUGCGCCCGCGGGUGUCUGCUCGGGACGUCCCCCAGCAGCCCGGACGCCAGCCUGGAUGCGAAGGCCCCGCCCCGGAGCGCGCCACAAGCCAAUCAGCGCCCUGAGGCGAGUCCUCAUCCGGCGGGGCGGCCCCGCCCCCCGCAGCUCCGGGCCCAGCCGCCAGAGCAGCUUUCCCUCAGGCUGGGCAGAGCGUGGCCACGUUCGCCAGGAGGCGCCUUUGUGUGUUCUAAGUUAAGCCUAUUCGGUGGAUUUCUUAUUCCUUGAAUCCAAACCUGGGCAGUAAACCCUCCGGGGCUUAGAGGCCGCUGCCUCCACAGACUGGCUGAUCCCGCCCUGAAGUGCCGCUGGUGGAACAACCCGGGCGGAACCAACGGGCGGCCGCGGGGGGUGGGGGAGCGCCGGUUUCCCCCCCACGUCUGCCUUCAGUGGAACGGCCCCGGCGGAACCAACGGGCCGCGGGGGUGCACUAUGCGCACCGUCUUCCUCUCCCUCUGCCUGCAGUGGAACGGCCCAGGCGGAACCAACGUGCGGCCGCAGGGAGCACUCGGCGCGCUGUGUCCCUCCCCAUGUGGGUGCAGUGGAACGGCCCGCGCUGGACCACCAGGCGGCCGCGGAGGGGCACUGAAAAGCCCCGUGUUACCCUCGACCUUAAAAAAAAAAAAAAAAAAAAAAAAAAAACUCCGUGUUUCCACCCCCGUCGGCCUGCAGUGGAAGGGCCCGAGCGGAACCAACGAGGGAGGGGGCGCGGAGCGCGCCGUGUUUUUCCUCCCGUCUGCCUGGAGUAGAACGGCCCGGGUGGAACCAACGGGCAGCCGCGGGGGCGUUGUGGGCCGCGGCGCGUUUCCCCGGCUCCGCGGCUCGGGGCACUGAGGAGCGGCGCCCGCGGGGCAGCCAGGAGCCCGAUGCCGGGUUCUGCGCGUCAUUUCCGGUCCCGCGGGCGUCCGGUGAAGCCUACCUGGAUCCGCCAGCCCUGUGCCACUCCCCAGUGCCGAGCUCCGAGCUCCUUCCGCGGCCUCGCGCCCGGCCCCUCCACCGCGCGCCUCUCAGGCCCCGCCCGCCAGCGUCCCUUUGUUGUGAAGGCGCCGGGGCGUAGACCGGGGCGCCUGAGCUCGGGGCCUAGCGCUAUGCCUGCGGCGGAGACUGCAUCAGGCUGUCGGUGGGUUCUGCGUGCGGGGUGCUCUGCUCGGUGAUCGGUGCUGGGUGCUGCGAGUCCUCGGGCUCCACCCCGGGAGUUGUGCCCAGACAGCAGAAGGGAAGGAUGUCAUUUCUGAGAUGCGGUUCAGAAAGGCCUGGGCUCCUGUCCUGGCUGCUCUCUUCCACUCCCUGACGAGCUUGCUGGAUGAAAGCUGCUGUCAGGCUGUGGGGCGUCUUGUGGAGAAACUGGUCAGGGCCCUUUCCACCUAUAGCCAGCAAGGAACUGAACCCAGCCAGCGUCCACCUGAGUGAGCUCAGAGGUGGACCCCAGCCCCAGUUGAGCUUUCGGAUGAGGUCACAGCCCUGGUCCGUGGUGUGACUGCAGCUUCAGGAGGGACCUUAAGCCAGAGGUGCCCGGCUAAGCUUCCUGCAGAUUCCUGCCCCACAGGGGCCGACAUCAAAAGCAUUUGUUGUUUUGAGGUGCGUCUGCUUCUGCGCUUUGCCUGGGAGAGGCCCUGGUGGCCUCGUUCCUGGCGCCCGGAGUCCCUGCUGCGGCCCCACCCCCGGGUGGUCACGGUGACACAUGCUGCCCAGCCUGGAGGUAAAAUUGUUCGUGGCUGUGGCUUCAGCAUGUCGUCCUCGGUGAAAACCCCGGCACUGGAAGAGCUCGUUCCUGGCUCUGAAGAGAAGCCGAAAGGCAGGUCGCCUCUCAGCUGGGGCUCUCUGUUUGGUCACCGAAGUGAGAAGAUUGUUUUUGCCAAGAGCGACGGCGGCGCAGAUGAGAACGUACUGACCGUCACCAUCACGGAGACCACGGUCAUCGAGUCAGACUUGGGUGUGUGGAGCUCGCGGGCGCUGCUCUACCUCACGCUGUGGUUCUUCUUCAGCUUCUGCACGCUCUUCCUCAACAAGUACAUCCUGUCCCUGCUGGGAGGCGAGCCCAGCAUGCUAGGCGCGGUGCAGAUGCUGUCCACCACGGUUAUCGGGUGUGUGAAAACCCUCGUUCCUUGCUGUUUAUAUCAGCACAAGGCCCGGCUUUCCUACCCACCCAACUUCCUUAUGACGAUGCUGUUUGUGGGUCUGAUGAGGUUUGCAACUGUGGUUUUGGGUUUGGUCAGCCUGAAAAAUGUGGCGGUUUCGUUUGCUGAGACGGUGAAGAGCUCCGCCCCCAUCUUCACGGUGAUCAUGUCUCGGAUGAUUCUGGGGGAGUACACAGGGCUGCUGGUCAACCUCUCCCUCAUCCCAGUCAUGGGCGGGCUGGCGCUGUGCACGGCCACCGAGAUCAGCUUCAACGUCCUGGGGUUCUCGGCCGCACUGUCCACCAACAUCAUGGACUGUUUGCAAAAUGUUUUUUCAAAAAAGCUUCUCAGCGGGGACAAAUACAGGUUCUCGGCCCCGGAACUGCAGUUCUACACAAGUGCUGCCGCGGUGGCCAUGCUCGUCCCGGCCCGGGUCUUCUUCACGAGUCUUGCUCUGUCACCCAGGCUGGAGCGCAGUGGGGCGAUCUUGGCUCACCACAGCCUCCACCUCCCGGGUUCAAGUGAUUCUCCUGCCUCAGCCUCCCGAGUAGUUGGGAUUACAGGACGUCCCAGUGAUCGGGAGGAGCGGGAAGAGCUUCAGCUACAACCAGGACGUGGUGCUGCUGCUUCUGACAGACGGAGUCCUGUUCCACCUUCAGAGCGUCACGGCCUACGCCCUCAUGGGGAAAAUCUCCCCAGUGACUUUCAGCGUCGCCAGCACUGUGAAGCAUGCCUUGUCCAUCUGGCUCAGCGUAAUCGUUUUCGGCAACAAGAUCACCAGCUUGUCGGCCGUCGGCACAGCCCUGGUGACAGUUGGGGUCCUGCUCUACAACAAAGCCAGGCAACACCAGCAGGAGGCGCUGCAGAGCCUGGCUGCAGCCAGUGGCCGGGCCCCAGAGGACACGGUGGAGCCGCUGCUUCCACAGGACCCCAGGCAGCAUCCCUGAAAGCAGGAAGCUGCCAGCCGCUGCUGUCCUUGUGACACUACAUCCCCCGGAAAUGGGCAGGGACACCCUCCUCCAUGGCCCUGCUGGCGUGCAGGAUAUGGGGAGCUAAGUUGGCCAUUGCCUGCGGCUUUCUCGGUUUGUCGGUGAAGACCAGCAGAAACUCAAACUGGGGAUUCCAGGUAUCAGCUUCCUGGAGUAGAGACCAGACCAGUAGCUGACUGUCAGCUGAGCCCAUCCCCGUGUAAUGUGAAAACAGCCUCUGAGGCUCCCAUGCUGGGGGUGCCCACUUCCUCUCUGGGCGGCAUCCCAGGGUCCACUGGGAGUCAGAGCUCGGUCCAGUGCCAACGAGAGCUGCUCCCUGCUACAGCCAAGAGAACCCUCAGCUUCCCACACCAGCCAUCGAAGGACCUGAGGCCCUGGACUGGCUGUAGACUGGCCCUGGGCAUGAGGCCACAGAGCAGGGCCGAAGGGAGGGGACAGGGCCCUGGAAGGAAGGGUCUCCUGCUGCCACAGUGGGCACUCAGAACUUCUCCCCACCUGACCCAGGGCUGCGGGCAUCCUCAGACUAUCCCAGAGGCAUCGCAAGCCUCAAGCUGCAGCAUUGCAUGGCACUCAAGGGCUAUGACCACGGAGGCCGUUCAGUCGCUUCUGUUCAGAGGAAGGCCCCCUACCUCUUCCACACCCUGCCCUCCUAUCCCUUCCACACCCUGGGCUGCGUGAGCCCCCCACCUGGGGGUGCCCUGCCCAUCACUUUCCACAUCUUGGGCUGCGUGAGCUCCCCACUCCGGGGUGCCCUACCUGUUACCUUCCACACCCUGGGCUGUGUGAGCCCCUGCCCACCUCCCCCCGGGGGGUACCCUGCCCCCCUACCCUUUCCCCACCCUGGGCUGCAUGAGCUCCCCCCAACCCCAGGGCACCCUGCCCUCCUACCUGUGGUGAUUUCCAGUCCUGAGGUUGACGACAAACCUCUCGUGUAUAACUUGGGAGGAGAUGUGUACAUUCCUUUUCUUUUUUGGACUCUGAGUAUCAGGCAGGCUGUUCUGAGGUCCCCAUGGGGUGAGCCUGUCUGUCCUCCCUCAGAGCCCACUGUUCCUAAUCUCAUCAUCCAGCACUUGUCGGUUCCCCACGUGAGCCUUGGGCAAGAUGCUGCAGUGUUGAUGGUUUGGGUUACGUGGCGUUUACCUGGGCGCCAUUCUUGCUGAAAAAGGAAACGUCCACACUGAAUGUUUCUGGGGCGCGUGGUGUGUGUCAGGCGCCCACCCCGUCCCACUCUCCCCAAGGGACAGUAGUACUGCACGCUGGGGCCACCAGCCAGCUCAACUCAUCCUCCUGUGUCACGCACCCCCGAGGGCGCAGGAGGCCUGAGGAGGCUACUGGAGCCGUGUGUCAGGCAGAGGCUUCUGACCGUGUCUGAGCUCUUUACCCCCAAUCUCGCAGCUGGCGGAUUCCCAUGCCCAGUGCAGCCUAUUGUCAGCCAGCCUUUGAGACCCAGAGCUCCAGGGCUUGUCAGAGGCAGCGUGGCGCUCCAGUGGUCCCGAGUCUCAUUUCCCUACCUGCUCUUUAGGCCUUUGGCACCCAUGGUCACUUCACUGGUUUUCCAUUUGGCUUCUCACCUGGGAAAUACAAAAAUAGCCCCUCCUGAAGAUAAAAUCGUUCCGAAACAGAGCAAUAAUUCUGACUCAUUAACUUCUACUUACUUGAAAAAGUCUGCCAUGAUCAUGGACCGAAAUGAGGCUUUUUAACCCACAAGUAAUCUUUUUAUUUUUUUGAGACAGUCUUGCUUUGUCUGUCACCCAGGCCAGAGUACAGUGGCAUGAUCUUGGCUCACUGCAGCCUUGACUUCCUGGGCGCAAGUGAUCCUCCCACCUCAGCCUCCCAUGUGGCUGGAAACACAGGCACGUGCCACCAUGCCUGGCUAUUUUUUUGUUGAGCUGGGCUCUCACUUUGUUGCCCAGGCUGGUCUUGAACGCCUCAGCUCAAGCAGUCCUUCCCACUCAGCCUCCCAUAGUGUUGGGAAUAUAGGCGUGCACUACUACACCUGCUUCAGCUGCUUGUAUAAAACAGCUGACCUGUGUCUGGAGGACAGGCCAUGUGUGUGCUCACUGCUCUGCAAAGAUGUUUUGUCACGUGACUUUCCCCGCGUUUCCAUUUCUCUUUUUCUGCUUUCCUCAAAAACUAAUAGGAGACCGGGUGCGGUGGCUUACGCCUCUAAUUCCAGCAUUUUGGGAGGCUGCAGCUGGCGGAUCACAAGGUCAGGAGUUUGAGACCAGCCUGGCCAACAUGAUGAAACCUUGUAUUUUGUAAAAAUACAAAAAUUAGCUGGGUGUGAUGGUGGGUGCCUGUAAUCCCAGCUACUCAGGAGGCUGAGGCAGGAGAAUUGGUUGAACCCCGGAGGUGGAGGUUGCAGUGAGCCAAGAUUGUGCCAUUGCACUCCAGCCUGGCAACAGGGCAAGAUGCCAUCUCAAAAACAAACACUAUUAGAAAAUGCCCUGGAGGUGGUGGGGGGUUGUUGAUUUGUGAGGACCAGCUUGAAAACAACCCCCAGGGUGGCCUUGUCUACCUCCCCAUCGAGAAUGUGGCUGCCAGGCUUCCCACUGGCCUCUUUGAAGAUUCUGGUCUGGUAUAAGGAGAGGUGCAGGCGCCUGGUUCUCAGCACCUUGGAAUUUCCAGCCGCACAUCCUCUGGUGUACUCCCCUCCACCCUCACAAGGAGCUUCCAUCCUGCUUCGAUUUUCUGUUUGUGGACCAGAAACAAAUGUUUUUCCAAAGGAUUAGCAAAUAGGGUGAUUUCCUGUGUAACGCUGCUCUGGGGCCUCUUCCUCAUGCUGGCAGAAGGAGCCUGGAGCCCAUGAGGUGGCCAGCACUGUGCCCUUGCUCAGUUGUGCUGUCCCCUCCAUCUCCCUCAGUCUCCUCUCCAUGCCCAAGUCAGUUUCCAGCCACUGGUCUUCAUGGCAUUCCCGGCACAGCCGGGCACCAAGAGGCAAAACCCAAGGCCUGGCUUGGCCAUGUUAAUGACUGUACAGACAUAUUUUUUUAAAUAACUUUGUGUAAUACUUUUCUCGAAUAGUAAGUUCUUGUUGAACUGUCAUAGAUGUGCUUCCAGAAACGCACCGGGUGUGGUUACUUCCACUGGGUGUGUCCAUGGUCGUGGUCUGUGCCUUUGUAAACAACAGAACAGUUGAACCACCUCCCGAAUUGGGUCAUCUGCUUCCUUACGUUGAUACUUAAGAGAUUUGCAGCUCUCUAACUUUCAAGGAAACUUCCCCUACUGAAUGGCAUAAAAAGGUUAAAAAAGAAAAUCUGAGAGUCCCAAUUCCCUGUAUAACAGCAUUAAAAUAAUCCGCCUGCCUGGAGAGAUGAGAACACUGUUGCACAACCCAAAAUGUGUCUUUAAUUUGAGAAAAAUUACCAUGGUGAGUCACAGUCAUUUUAAAGAGCUGAACAGAGACUAUCAUCAGCAAAUAGAGCUCCGCUUUGUAGCUGCCUUUAAAAAUCCUUGUCCCAAAUCCAGUGAGCUCAGCUUGCUGCCACCGCGCUCCUGGGUGAUCACUCAGACGGGUCAGUGGGAAUAACAGGCGAACAAGAUAGCUUUUUACAUGUGUCCAAAGGAUGUCCUUUCUAAGGCCUGGAAGUAUUUCCCUGUUGGAAGAAGUAAACAAGAAUGACAUUCCAGAUGGAAAUAGAAUUCUCUCUCUUGCCUUUGACCAACAUGGUCCUAAGGGGUUCUUUCCCAAUGUAUGUACGUGCCCUGCUGGGGCCUUACUUUAUAGAAUGAGAGCAUCCCAGCUUCCCUAAUGAAUCUGGCUAGUUCUCUGUCUGGCUGAGGAUACAGGAGUGGGACAUCCACUCUCAGAUCCCUCAGAGCACAGAAACCUUCAGCUUUGCUGUCGCUUAAGUAUUUCCUCCAGUUUCCCUGCGGGCCCCUAUGUUUGAGUUUGAUGGCUGCUGGAUCCUCACUCAACGAAAACACAGUUGGAAACUUCCACCUGGCAGUCCUUUGUUGUUGUUUUUCAUUUCAUUUUCAUCUGAAAGUGGCAUUCAGCUGACUUGCUCAUUUAGACUGUUCACAGAGUCUGAACCUGCCAACGUGGUGUUGGAGGCUCCACCUUGAAAAGGGCCAGUCAGGGCAACUUCCCCCAUACGGGAAAACUUGAAAAUCACAUCAACAGUCUACGUCACAGCCAAAUUAUAUUUCCUUUAUACCAAACAAAACUAUGGAGAACUAAAAGUACAUCAUACAAAAUGUUCAUAGUGUUUUGUAUGUGACCUAUUACAGUAUUUAUAUAACUAGAUUAGUGCUUUCUAGCAAACGGUUCUGUUAAUUAGCGAGUCACUUAAUUCUGCCAUGGUGACAAGUUGAUACUGUGUAACUCAUCCUGUGGGUGCCUCCUGGUUAUUUUUGUCUAAACUAAGCAGGCGUGGUAGUAGCUGUCUGUGAUUGUUGCUCAGCAAAGUAAAAUAAAUGUUAAAUAUGGA